AUGGUAAAGUCAACUGAAGACAUGGAGAGCUGUGACAAGAGCAGAGAAGUUCUCAGCCAGUCUUGGGGCAUCAUAUCAGAUGGCCCAGGGAAGUAUAACCCCACCACUCAUUGUCAAUGGCUCAUAAAAGGCAACUUGAGUGCUCCAUAUAUUCAUCUGAACUUCAGCUUCCUGGACACAGAGUGUUCCUAUGACCACGUCUUCAUCUAUGAUGGCCCAUCGUUCAACUCACUCCUUCUUGGGGCAUUCAGUGGAAAUUCGAAACCUCAGAUGGUCACAGCUCGCUCCGGUGCAAUGCUCAUCUUGUUAUAUAGUGACACAAACUACUAUCGAGAAGGAUUUGAAGCCCAGUUUUCCAUCACCUCCUGCUACUUGAACUGCAGUGACAGAGGAGAGUGUUUUGAAAAUCAGUGCAUCUGUAAAGAAGGAUUUUCUGGAGAAGGAUGUGAAGAGGUGCAAUGUCAAUGCCAUGAUGGUGUUUGCGUUGGUGAUAAGUGCAUUUGCAGGCCUGGGUAUGAAGGAGAUCUCUGCACCCUUCCACCAUCUAGUGCAUGGGACUCCUCCAUCCAGAAAUUUUUCAUUUCUCAACCAAGAACAAUAUUUUCACCCAGAUGUGCUCACUCUGGUGCAUAUAUCUCACGAACAGAUUCAUUGUAUAUAUUUGGAGGGUAUGAUCUCAAUCAAGUUCUAGGAGAUUUUCUCAGAUACAACUUCAGUACAAGUGAAUGGGAACAAUUGGGGAGAAAAACAGUGGAAGAUCCCCUUGACAUUUUGGAGUUUGUUGCCGAAAAUCAGACAGUGAGUGUGCGAGAGAAAAGUAUUCCAAGCAUCCAGAAGCUCAUGCCAGAGCCUCGAUUUGGUCACUGUAUGAUAGCAGUUGGUGAUGAACUGAUAGUGUUGCAUGGUGGUCAGCUCAAGAAUGGAUCUCUCUCAAGUGAUCUUUGGAUAUUUAACGUCACAACGAAAGAAUGGACUCUGAGUAUCAGGAAGAAUAGUCCACAUCUGAUGCAUCAUACAAUGACACUUGUUGAGGAGAAUUGGUUGUAUCUGUUCGGAGGUAGUGGGCCUCAUGGAGAAUUCACCUCAGGGAUGUAUCGCUUGCAAAUUUCACAUUCCAAUGACGAUGGUCUGGAGUGGGAGGAAGUGAAAGUGCGAGGUGGCAAGGAAACCAGUCUGAGGCUUAUUGGUCAUUCUACCAUUUAUCACAAGGAGAGCAAGUCACUCUUGGUAUAUGGUGGAAUUAGUGUUAAUGUGGCAAGAUAUUCUCAGCUAAGUGACAGGCUAUUCAUUUUUGAUUUGACUGAAAAAGUAUGGAGUGAAGUUCGAUAUCCACGAAGUUCCCACGUGACAGCAUUUGUUCCAAUGGGAAGAGCAUUCCAUGCAGCUAAUAUAAUUGGCAAUUUCAUGGUGGUGUAUGGGGGAUACCUCCACUAUCACAACAAGCAGGAGAUCUGUUAUGAUAACCGUUUGUACCUGUAUCACAUGGGAUGCCAUACCUGGGUUAGUCCACAGGUUCUAUAUGCCAACUCUACAAAUCGAACCCUGGAUGGGGAGCUUCCAGGACUUCAUUCCCAUGUUGCUGUUGUACGCCGUGAGAACACCCUCAUCAUAGCUGGGGGCUUUCAUGGCAAUGUAAACAAUGAAGUUUUUGCCUUAGGUUUCCCCCCAAUGAUAGCAGCACCCUCUCCUCAACCUCACCAAGCUUGCCAAAGGUAUCGAGAGAGAGAUGCCUGUACGUCUAAUCCCGAGUGUGGGUGGUGUGAGUCUGAGUCUGUCUGCAUGGACAGAACCUCAGGUGCCAAUUGCACUAAUAAUCUCCAAAGUACUCAAUGUCCAGGCAUUUGUCCUGCUCUGGAGAGUUGUUCAUCCUGCCUUGUCCAUAGAAGAAAGCUCAAUGCACCAUCUAUGAUUGGAAAGUUGGGGCUUUGGCAGUGCAAUUGGUGUGUACAGAAGGCCUAUUGCCAUGCAGAAUCAGAAAGGUCAGAACCAUAUCAUGUUACUUCAGACCAAAGAUCUCAGGGUUCAACUGGUGCCUCACUUGGUACUUGUACUCUUCUGCAGGAAAUAACACUGGAAUUUUUGGAGCCAUAUUGGAAUGGCUCAUGUUGGGAAGAGCGGAAUUGCCUUGCCUGUCUAUCUGAUUCCGCAUGUGGGUGGUGUGAAUCAAGAAGUCGAUGUGAGAGACGAGAUGUAAUGCCUUCUGGUAGUGGGAUGUGUGGUGGAACUGAGCUACUCAUCAUUUCACCAGACCAGUGCCCCAACUGUUCUGACUUCAUUGAUUGCGCUUCCUGUAUUCAGUCUGGUCUAUGUGAAUGGAUGGUCGAGGAAGCAGAAUGCAAACGCAAAGGAAGAUCAACAGAAGGAGUGGCUCAUGAUGUGACAGAGUGCCCUGUUCCCUGCCAAUCCAGACUGAUCUGUUCUGACUGCUUGGGUCUUCCUGGGAGAUGCGCCUGGUGCGAGAGCACUCAAGAAUGCUUUCCAUUCUCUGUCUUCACCUCACGAUACCAGUAUGGAGGGUGUAAGGAUUGGGUAGAUGAAGAUCCACCUGGUCAGUGUCGGCAGUGCCAUCUUGCUCCAAACUGCUCCUCGUGCCUGCAGAGUUUAGGUUGUGGCUGGUGUUACUUGGAAGAGAAUCCUACUAUUGGAAUUUGCCAUCAAGGAGAUUUCACUGGACCAUCACAAAAACUGCUAUCCUCAACAUCCAGUGACAUGGUUCCUUGGGUUGUACCUGUACAAAAGUAUUGGGUCAGGAUGGUGAUGGAAAAAAUCAAAGCAUUCUUGAGGGUGCUUGGGCCUAUGGAGCUUGUAGUGAUGUGGAUGAGUGUCGUCUUGGCCUGCAUGAUUGUCAUCCAAAUGCAUCUUGUGUCAACACUCAUGGAUCCUACAAGUGCACAUGUCUGCAGGGCUUCACUGGAGAUGGACACUCUUCUUGCCAUAAAACGUGCUUUGAAGAAUGUAUUCAUGGAUACUGUGCCAGUGAACCAGACUUUCAAUGCAUCUGCUCCUUGGGGUGGACUGGUCCUGCCUGUGAUACUGAUUGUGGGUGUCAUAAUCACUCAACAUGUCAUGAAGUUGUUGGAAAAUGUGAUGACUGUCAAGACUGGACUACAGGGGAGCACUGCCAUCUCUGUCGGAAUGGAAGCUAUGGAAAUGCAACCACAGUGCAGGGGUGUCAAGUGUGCCACUGUAGUGGGCAUGGUGAUGAGGAGAGAGGUGUAUGCAACCCUGUCACUGGUCAAUGUUACUGCAAGCACCAUACUCAAGGAAAGAAUUGUGGAGAGUGUGAGCCAGGUUACUAUGGUGAUCCAAAGAAGCUAUGAGGGUGGAUUGGGGGCUGGCACUGUUGAGGCCACAUCAUCCCCACCUCAGCAUUGUCUAUGGAUCAUUUCAGUCCACUCAUCUUUAAAUGAUGCUGCAACUAAAGCACACACAACAAGAGAUGUCAUCCAGCUGACCAUUCAUGAGGGGUUAAAUUUGCGAUGCAGUGAAAAUCAUGUGUAUGUGUAUGAUGGACUUCCUUCCAUGAUAUCGAGCGACAGCCGCUGGAAUCGACAGACUGAUGGUUUGGGUGUAUUCUGUGCUGAACAGGGUCUGUAUCCUGUGACAGUAGAAGCCCACACAGGGUUCCUAACCGUCUUCUAUGAAAGGGAGCGAGAAGGAGAAGGCUUCAAUGCCUCUUACCGUAUCCUCAGUUGCCCUGACAAUUGUCCACCUCCCCGAAUCUGUCGAUAUGGGUCUUGUCGAUGUCCUAAGGGAACUGCUGGAUCAAAUUGCUCUGGAAUCAUAUGUCCCAACAAGUGUAUGUCUGCUAUGGGUCAAGGGACUUGUGACCGAGUAGGUAGCAAGCUCCUGAGGGUGUUUGGUGGGUACUCCUUGUCACGUGGACCUUUGAAUGACAUUCAGCGAUUCAACAUCAAGGAAAAUGCUUGGGAUGAGGUGACUGUUCAGAUCCAUUCAGGAGAUUCACCUCUGCCUGCCAGUCGAUAUUUCCAUGCUGCUGCAUAUGUUCCAUCUCAAAAGGAGAUUUAUAUUUAUGGAGGCAUGGGCAUGGGCAUGCGAUUCUAUGAUGAUCUCUGGACUUUCAACAUACUUCACAACAGAUGGAAUAAACUCCAGAAGCCAGAUUGGAUACCAGGCUUGGCAGGUCAUACCUUAACCCUUUGUAUCUAUGGACCAUCUGAAAACCUUGUUCUCAUUGGUGGGUUCUCCCCUCAAUAUGGAUUUCUGGAGAAGGUGCUUGAAUAUGAAUUACGUAGUGGACAAUGGCUAGAGGUGAACAUUUCUGGAACUUAUCCAGUUGGUAUUUAUGGACACAGCACAGUAUAUCAUCCACCAACCAACUCACUGUACAUUUAUGGAGGGAUUUUGUAUGAUGUGGAUCAUGUGACAGUCUCUUCAAAGUUGUAUGCUUUUCAUUGGCCCUCCAAAAACUGGACAGUAUUGCCACCUGAUCCUCCAACAUCUGGAGGAUUUCCUGGAGGUAGAUACAUGCACAAGGCCAUCACAACUGAUGAUCACUUGAUCAUCAUUGGUGGUCGAGAAGGGAGUCGUCUCCUUGACAACGAAUCUGAAGCCCUGUCUGAUACAAGUGCUUCCAUUGCUGCUUACAGUUAUUCAUGCAAUAAAUGGGUCCGCAUGCUUGGUGAUGAUAUAGAGGUGAUAGGAGAACCCAACCUGGGUAUUGUAGGACAUGCAGUGGAUAAGGGUCCAGAUGAAUCAAUAUAUAUAUUUGGUGGGCUGGCUGGUGUCAUCAUUGGAAACAUGACUAGACUGGACUUCCCAAGAGACGUUUGCCAGCUGUAUACCCGAAACAAAGUCCGCUGCAAGGGUACUUAUGGAUGUGGUUAUUGUCGUGUCUAUGAGCAUGAGGCAGAGAGAAACAGCACCUAUUGCUUCUCUAAUUCCAAACCACUGCCAAACAGCUGUCAGUUUCCAACACAUGCUUUGGACUUCUCUCGAGGGUCACAGUGUGAUGGAGACCCAAUUGCCAAACGAUCUUGCUACCAGUACAAGACUUGUUCUGAAUGUCUUGCUUUCUGGCCCAUUCAUUCAAAUGCUUCUAGGGUAUGUCAAUGGUGUCGUGACUGUGAGGCAGGGAAGUGCAUUCCAGUUGGGAAUGACUGUCAACGGGAGAGAUGUGGGAGGAAUAAAAAACCUAUUCAGGAACCAGGAGAGUGUCCUGAAAGACAGUGUGGAGCCUCAGAUUGUGAAAAGUGCAUUAGCAAAGAUCCAGAGUGCAUCUGGACACGGCAGGUGCUCCGAUCAGUUGGAAACUUCCCAACAUUGUACAUGAUGCCUAUAUAUGACUGGAACUGCAUACGUCGGAUACAGGAACAAGUAUCAACAGCCAUUCUAUCUGUUCCCCCAAAUUCCUGUCCUACCAAAUGCCAUCAAGCUCCACAGGGUGGCUGUAAAUCAUGUCUUCGAUUGCCUGGAGCUGAAGGUGGAUGGCAUCACUGUGUUUGGGCUCCAUCUCCAAGAUUGGGGUUUGUGGACAUGUUCGACAUCCAUUGCAAGAUGUGGAAACUGAAGAAGAAGGCUCCUGUCCAUUAUCAUGCUCACAUCAUGAUCGCUGUUCAGUCUGUCUCUCAGAUCCCAAAUGCGGAUGGGAAGUUCCUGAGGAGUGGUGCUGGAGAAUUUUCUUCAUGGCAUUAUAUGAUCUGCCCUCCUGAGAAUGAGUGUGGAAAUGGACAUCAUACGUGCAAAGAAAAAUCUGAAAUUUGUCUGGACGAGGAGCAAGGCUUCAGAUGUGACUGUGCUCCAGGUUACAAACUAAAUGAGAAGGUUUCCAGUGUGAAAAAUGCAAGCCACUGUUUGUUGGGGAUCCUCGCAACAACAAUACUUGCAUACCAUGCUGGGAAUUCUGCAACAAUCACUCAUCUUUAUGCUUGGAUCGGAAGCUUCUCCCCAACAUCACCAGACAGGUACAUAUUUAUCCUUCAUCAUAAAACCUCUUAUCCUUUUGUUUACUUCAUAGCACUCCAGUGUGUCUCACUCUAUUCACAGUAUCCGAAGGACCUGACAGAACUGACAGCUUCUGAACUGAUGGGAUUUCUGACUGAGGGGGCACAGAGUGGAGCAGUGUGUUUGAAUUGUGCAGAUGCAUCCACUGGUGACAUGUGUGAUCUUUGCCUUGCUGGCCACUUCAGAGGAACUGAAGAUAGAAGGUCUACGUGUCGCCAGUGUGAAUGUCAUGGACAUGGGUGGUCCUGUGAUCCAGUCACUGGAGAGGAAUGUGAUUGUCACAAUAACACAGAAUCUGACCCAUCUUGCCGAUCCUCCCCACCCCAAUCUCCCUUGGCUCAGCCAAAGGAGGAAUGUGGUAGGAAACCCAAUGGGCUUCAGUAUGGUCGAACUGUCUUUUUUGCUGUUCAGCCAAAAUUCCGCAAUGUUGACAUCCGCAUUACUGUGGAUGUUACUCAGGGAUCUUUGGAUUUGUAUGUGAGUCCUAAAGAAGAUGCAUUCCUUGUGGCUGUGAACAGGACAUCAGGUAUCCAUGAGGUGGUGAUAGAUGAGAGGUAUGCAAUAUCAUUGGAAGAUCUACUAAGGGAGAAAAGAGAAGCAAUUUUGGCUGAGCAGAAUGGAGACAUGAAGCCAAAUAUGACAAACGAGAUCAUUCCACCAUAUCGAUUGGUUGAGCGGCCAGCUGCAGGACUUUCAACCUACAUCAGCUUACGAAGUCCACUGGAUUUCUUGCGUGUGGAAGGUGUGGGAAAUCGAGUGGUCAUCACGCUUCCCGAGGAUGUGCACGAUCUCCGAAGCACUCGCUUCUACCUCCUCCUCUAUGGGACAGCCCUCGAAGAGACUUUUGGUUCCAUCUUUUUUCGUCAAGAUCAGCCACGGAUUGACCUCUUUGUCUUCUUCUCUGUUUUCUUCUCUUGUUUCUUUCUGUUUCUUGCUUUCUGUGUUCUAGCCUGGAAAGUGAAGCAGGUGAUUGAUGUAAGAAGAGCUCAGCAUCGCCAUGUGGUGGAAAUGCUUCACAUGGCCAAGCGCCCUUCAGCUUCCAUUCUCACUGUGAUAGACUCCCCAUAUGCAGAGGAGAAUUUCUCUCUUGAGCCAAGUCUCUACUCUCCAGCACGUGGAAGACACAAGCGGAAAUCCCCUGAGGUGGCCCCCAUUGCAAUUGAACCUUGUGAGGAUGGUGUGGCAGCUGUAGCCACUGUGUUGAUCCAACUGCCUGGUGGGAUCACAGCACCAUCACGCCUCUCUCUUGGUUCUGCUCUCAUUCUUCUGUCACGGGUUUAUCAGGGCCAUGGCUCACGGGCUUUCUUGAGACGGUGGAAACGGGAGAUCGCUGGCAACGAAAGGCGUGACCUCCUGGCCCCGGUUCCCUUCGUUCACGAUGGGUCCGAACGUGGAUUCCCAGUGAUCCCUGAACCAGUCUUUGAAGGGGGACCAGCAGCAGAAGAAGCACGGUAG